AUGAAUAGACAAGCUAUAAGGCAGCUGGCUACUGUGUCUUCGACUGCUCCUUCUGCCUCAAGCAGCAACAGCAGCACAUCUCCAACAUCUUGGAAACUACCAAUCGAGCCAGGAAUAGAGCCUGCCUACGAUGAAGCUAUCAAAUUGAUAAAUGAACAAUCUUCCUUACUUCAACAACAGCUCGCCUCAUUGAAAUCUGAAGUAGAAAAAGCGCCUUUACACUCUCCAGAAAGAGCAUUAGCCGAGGCUAAUUUACACGCAACAUCAAUCAUCAGCCAAAUCAAUGAUCCAGAAGUACGAUGGAGAUUCAAGAUGGACAAGAAUGUGCCUUUGAGUAAUCCAGUUUUUGCUCAUUUACGCGAAAAGUCAUGGCGUGACAAAUCUUUACCAAGAUUGUUGGAACGAGCCCGUCUAAUGCGUGUUGUGCCUGAUGCCAUCUCUGACCUUACUCCAACGGCUGAUGUUCAAGUCGCUUUCGGCGAGGGUAGUGGAAUCCAUGAUCAUGGAGGUGAAGCAGGGGAUGUAACUGUGGGAUGCUUUGUUGAUGCGAACAAGAGUAUGAAGGAACCGACAAUCACUGUCACACCGUUCCAUACUGAAGAAUGCUUGUACACUUUGGCAUUGGUUGACCUGGACGCCCCAGACGUAGAGAAUGAUCGAUUGUCAACAUACGCUCAUUGGCUUGUACACAAUGUGCCACUCUCAGUAACAAAGACACAAGUGCAAAUAAAACCUGAGCAAAUCGCUUUGUCGUACAUUCCUCCUCAUCCACAAAAUGGCACAAAAUACCACAGAUAUGGAUUGCUUCUUUUCAAACAAGACGAGUCAAAGGCCAUCACUCCAGCUCAAGGUAUCGAACGCAAAGCUCACUCUGUUCGUGACUUGGUUGAAGAACAUAAACUUCAUCCUUGCGGUCUUCAUUUCUGGCGAGCACAAUGGUCUCAAGAAAGCCGUAAAUCAAUCAGCAAGGUCUACAAAGAUAUUCUACAGGUGAAGGAGCCCAUAUUUACAAGUGAGCUUGCUUGA